GCUCUUCUGCGCAGGCGCGCGUCUCCUAAGUCUUCCCGGGCUCGGGGCUUCCUCUCUCUUUUCGCUCCGAGACAUGGGCACACCUCAGAAGGAUGUUAUUAUCAAGCCAGAUGCUCCCAGCUCGCUGUUCCUGGAGAAACAUGCCGAUUAUAUCGCAUCCUAUGGCUCAAAGAAAGACGAUUAUGAAUAUUGCAUGUCUGAGUACUUGAGGAUGAGUGGCAUAUAUUGGGGUCUGACAGUAAUGGAUCUCAUGGGACAACUGAAUCGCAUGAAUAGAGAAGAAAUUGUGACAUUUAUAAAGUCGUGCCAACAUGAAUGUGGUGGAAUAAGUGCGAGCACUGGACAUGACCCUCAUCUCCUGUACACUCUCAGUGCUGUCCAGAUUCUUACUCUAUAUGAUAGUAUUAAUGUUAUUGACGUAAAUAAAGUUGUGGAAUAUGUCCAGAGUCUACAGAAAGAAGAUGGCUCGUUUGCUGGAGACAUUUGGGGAGAAAUUGAUACAAGAUUCUCUUUUUGUGCGGUGGCAACAUUAGCUCUAUUGGGAAAGCUUGAUGCUAUUGAUGUAGAAAAAGCAAUCGAAUUUGUUUUAUCUUGUAUGAACUUUGAUGGUGGAUUUGGUUGCAGACCAGGUUCUGAAUCCCAUGCUGGACAGAUCUAUUGUUGCACAGGAUUCCUGGCUAUUACUAAUCAGUUACAUCAAGUAAAUUCUGAUCUACUUGGUUGGUGGCUUUGUGAACGACAGUUACCUUCAGGAGGACUUAAUGGAAGACCCGAGAAGUUACCAGAUGUGUGCUAUUCAUGGUGGGUGCUUGCGUCUCUUAAGAUUAUUGGAAGGCUUCAUUGGAUCGACAGAGAAAAAUUGAGAAAUUUCAUCUUGGCAUGUCAAGAUGAAGAAACGGGGGGAUUUGCCGACAGACCAGGAGAUAUGGUGGAUCCUUUUCAUACAUUAUUUGGAAUAGCUGGAUUGUCUCUUCUGGGAGAAGAACAGAUAAAACCUGUUAAUCCAGUCUUUUGCAUGCCUGAAGAAGUGCUUCGGAGGGUGAAUGUUCAACCUGAACUAGUAACCUAGACUCGCCCAUGCAAAAGUUACUUAUUGUAGUUGCCAUUUCAACAUUGACUGUUAAUAUUCUGUAUAUUGUGUUAAAUUAAUUUCAGUAAAUUAUAUACUUAUACAUACUGUAAAGUAACGUCUUGGUGUUAUGCUCCACUUUAGAUUUUCUUGUGUAUAAUCUUAAAAUUUGCAUUGUUUAUGUCAAUGAAUUUGCUUCAUCCGUAUUGUAUAAUAUCAGUUGCUGAAAUACUGUUUGCAAGUUUUAGAAUGACAGUACACCCACAUAUGUAAGAGUUGCACGGAGCUGUGGAUGUUGACACUAUUCCACUUCUAAUCCACUCUCUUGCUAAUGUGCAGCUUAAGAGACUGGAGGCAAUGGUUUGGUUUCCUGCCACCCAAGUGAAAGAUAGCGAUUGAAGUUUCUGGCACCUGUAUCUUGACUGGUAAAGCGCUG